CACUGUAUGAAAAUGGAACCUAAAAGCAUGACGAUGCCAAUAAACAUCUUCAGCAAGAUACCUCUGGCUUUGAGGAAUAAAAAUCACCUGAUUUGGAUGGAUAAAGUUCAAGUUCAAAGAAAUGACAGGGAGAACAAAGAUACAGUACAUUUAAAAAAUGUUAAAAUCCUUAUAACACGGGACGAAUGAGUAUCUGUAUGAAGACACAGUAGACUUGUCUUCUAGCCGGCUCUGUAUUUGGAACUAAUUUAGUAAUCACUAGUGCAGUUCUGCAGCCGAGGCGCGGGGUGCAGCUGUUGGCUAGUACUGAACCAAGUAUCCAGCUCCUCCUGACGCAAAGGAAUCGCCUGCGGACCGCGGAAUCGCGCGAACUGUGCACUCUCUGAGGUUUUCUGUGGCAGAAAUAUCUAUCCUAGAAUCUGCUUGCCAAGACGUGUCCAAGGAGUAGCUCCUGCUCAGAAAUUCUUGGGAUCAUUUAGCGAUCGCAGCUCUUCGGGAUCAGAAAGGCAAAGGCGCAGAGAGCGGGAUGGGAAACCGCUUGGGGUCAAAGCGCCAGGCUGGGCGGAGGCGAAUUUUGUUCCUCUUCCUGCUGUCUUUGUUCCGCCUGGCGCUUUUGGAGCAAGUCUGCUACACUAUUCCAGAGGAGCUGGCCAGGGGCUCGCUGGUGGGGAACCUCGCCAAGGAUCUGGGGCUUGGCGUGCGAGAUUUGCAUACACGGAACCUGUGGGUUAGUGCAGAGAAGAAAUUCUUCACAGUGAGCACCAAGAACGGAGACUUACUUGUGAGCGACCGUAUAGACUGAGAGCAGAUUUGUGGCAAGAAGUCGAUGUGUGUUCUGGAAUUCGAAAUGGGCGCUGAAAAGCCUUUGAACUUUUUUCAUAUAACCGUGGUGAUUCAAGAUGUCAUCGACAACCCACCGACCUUUAGCUGAAAUGUCACUGAGCUGCAAAUCAGUGAACUGGCCCUAACUGGAGCCACGUUAGCCCUGGAAUCUGCACAAGAUUCAGAUGUAGGUGUCAAUUCUCUGCAGCAAUACUACCUCAACCCUGACCCUCAUUUCUCUUUGAUCCAGAAGGAGAACCCAGACAGCAGUAGGUACCCAGAACUGGUAGUGCAGGCUCCCCUGGACAGAGAAGAGCAGUCCUGCCACCACCUGGUCCUCACGGCUGUGGAUGGGGGUGAGCCAGCCAGAAGCUGCACUACGAAGAUCAGGGUAGUUGUGGCAGACGCAAAUGAUAACCCCCCAGUGUUCACCCAGGAGAUGUACAGGGUCAGUGUUCAAGAGAACCUACCCCUGGGUUCCUCAGUGCUAAGACUGAUGGCCACUGACUUGGAUGAGGGCAUCAAUGCUGAGAUCACCUACGCUUUUAUCAAUAUUGGUAAGGCAGUGAGACAACUGUUCAAGCUGGACAGUAAAACAGGGGAACUCACCACUGGUGGAGGACUGGACUUUGAAGAGAGAGGGAGCUACACAAUUGGGGUGGAAGCAGAGGAUGGUGGACGUCACACUGCGCAUUGCAAACUACAAAUAGAUAUUUUGGAUGAAAAUGACAGUGCUCCCGAGAUAACCCUGGAUUCUGAAUCUAAAUAUAUACAAGAAGAUGCUGAGCUGGGGGCUGUGGUUGCCUUGAUCAAAACACAUGAUCUAGAUUCUGGAUUUAAUGGGGAAAUCUUAUGCCAACUAAAAGGAAAUUUCCCAUUUUAAAUAGUGCAAGAUACAAAAAACACAUACAAGCUGGUGACAGACAGAGCCUUAGAUCGAGAGAAGACUCCGGAAUACAAUGUCACUAUCACAGCUACUGACAAGGGCAAGCUGCCCCUCUCCUCUAAAAGAAGUGUCACCUUGAAAGUUGCUGAUGUCAACGACAAUGCUCCGGUUUUCCACCAGGCCUCCUACGUGGCCCACGUGGCAGAAAACCACCCGCCCGGCGCCUCCAUCGCCCAAGUUAGAGCUUCAGACCCAGACUUGGGGCCCAACGGCCACGUCUCCUACUCCAUCGUGGCCAGCGACCUGGAGCCGCGCGCGCUGUCGUCCUACGUGUCCGUGAGCGCGCAGAGCGGCGUGGUGUUCGCGCAGCGCGCCUUCGACCACGAGCAGCUGCGCGCCUUCGAGCUGACGCUGCAGGCCCGCGACCACGGCUCGCCCGCGCUCAGCGCCAACGUGAGCCUGCGCGUGCUGGUGGGCGACCGCAACGACAACGCGCCCAGGGUGCUGUAUCCGGCGCUGGGUCCCGACGGCUCGGCGCUCUUCGACACGGUGCUGCGCACCGCGCAGCCCGGCUACCUGGUCACCAAGGUGGUGGCGGUGGACGCCAACUCUGGACACAACGCCUGGCUGUCCUACCACGUGCUGCAGGCCAGCGAGCCCGGACUCUUCAGCGUGGGACUGCGCACGGGCGAGGUGCGCACGGCGCGGGUCCUGGGCGACAGGGACGCGGCCCGCCAGCGCCUGCUGGUUGCUGUGCGCGAUGGGGGACAGCCGCCCCUCUCGGCCACCGCCACGCUGCUCCUGGUUUUCGCGGACAGCCUGCAGGAGGCGCUGCCGGACCUCAGUGACCGCCCCGCACCCCCUGACCCCGAGGCUGAGCUGCAGUUUUACCUGGUGGUGGCCUUGGCCUUGAUCUCGGUGCUCCUCCUCCUGGCAGUGAUUCUGGCGGUUGCCCUGAGUUUGCGACGCUCCUCCAGCCCUGCCACCUGGAGUUGCUUUCAGACCAGUUUUUGCUCCAAAACUGGACCCGGAGUUCUCCCCAACUAUGGGGAAGGGACUUUACCAUAUUCCUACAAUCUGUGUGCUGCCACACAUUCUUCAAAGACUGAGUUUAAAUUUCUCAAUAUAAAGCCUGAAAAUGCUCCACCACAAGAUCUGUAUAAUGAAGCCUCUUGGCUUGAAAGUACCAGUAAUGACAAUCCCCAAAUUACUUGUAAUUCAGUCAAUUUGCAACAGGUGAGUUACUUCAAAACCUUUUCCUCCCAUAAGUAUAAUUAGGUUUCGAUUCACUAUUUUAGAGGCCAAAAAGUAUACAGGCUAAGUAUGCCCUGUUUUUUGUGCGGUUUUUUUUUUUUUGGUGUUUUAUUGAUUUUUUCUGGACAUAGAAUGGGGGUGGGGAGGCUGUUAGAAAUUCUUUGUUCACUAAUCUGUGUUGCAGUUGUUCUUUCAUGGAAUGUCGCUUAGUGAUGAUCUUGAAAUUUCUGUUAAUUCUAAAAUAAUAUGUCCUGAAACAUUUUUAAUAUGCUAGUAUCUCACAUUCUCAUUGUAGGACCUUAUUUAUAUAUA